ACCCAUAAUUAUUUUUAUUUUAUUUUUAAGGUGACGUGGAGUUGGAGCGCUUUCUCUGCGCUGGCUCAUAUGUCAGUAAAAUAUCCCGUGUACCCGGAUGUGAACAUGACGAAUGUCUGAUACGUUGGGAUAUUGCAUCGAGGAUUUCGAAGAUGUUUAGCUGUAAAUCUUUAUAUUGAGGUCUAUCGUCGCCUAGUACGGGAGGAGAUCGUCAGGGCCUGGAGUCCGAGUAAUCCGGCGGAAACACUGGUUUUGUUGGUUUUGCUGGUUUUGCACUAUCAGGACCUCAGUGACUUGACUGGUUUAUACAGUGUGGAACAGGCUGCCAGAGGAUGAUGGCCCUGCACUGCAUCUUGGUUCUAUGGCUGUUCUCAGGCUGGGCAGUGGGGUACAAGCAGGGGGACAACGUGACUCUCUACGUCAACAAAGUGGGCCCUUAUCAUAACCCCCAGGAGACAUAUCACUACUACACCCUGCCUGUAUGCAGUCCAGAGAAGGUGCACCAUAAGUCCCUGAGUCUGGGAGAAGUAUUAGAUGGUGACAGGAUGGCAGAGUCAUUAUAUCACAUCCAGUUCAGGGAAAAUGCAGAGAAAAAAACUCUCUGCCAACUCACUCUUUCAGACAAACAGGUGGACCAGCUUCGUGAAGCCAUUGAGGAGCUGUACUACUUUGAAUUUGUCCUGGAUGACAUUCCAGUCUGGGGGUUUGUGGGAUACAUAGAGGAGAGUGGCUUCCUGCCUCACAGCCACAAAGUGGGUUUGUGGACUCAUCUAGACUUCAACCUUGAGUUUAAUGGCGACUCUGUGAUCUUCGCUAAUGUCUCAGUGAAGGACGUCAAACCUGUUCCCCUGGAGGAGGGGGCAGGUGCAGCAGUGGGUGGAGUCGGGGUGGGUGGAGGCGGCCUGACAGUCACCCACACCUACAGUGUGCACUGGUUUGAGUCUUCUCUGCCUCACAGCCGGAGAGCCGAGCGCCUCAGAGACUACUCAUUCUUCCCCAAAACACUGGAGAUCCACUGGCUGUCCAUUAUCAACUCACUGGUGCUGGUGUUGCUGCUGCUGGGCUUCGUCAUCAUCAUCCUCAUGCGUGUCCUUAAGAAUGACUUCGCCAGGUACAAUGUGGAGGAGGAGGGUGGCUGUGAUGAUCUGGACCAGGGAGACAACGGCUGGAAGAUCAUACACACUGAAGUCUUCAGGUUUCCCCCCUACAAAAGCCUGCUGUGCGCUGUGCUGGGUGUGGGGGCUCAGUUCCUUACCCUUGCCACAGGGAUCAUCAUAAUGGCGUUGCUGGGAAUGUUCAACGUGCACCGCCACGGCGCCAUCAACUCAGCAGCUAUUGUCCUGUACGCUCUGACCAGCUGUGUGUCAGGCUAUGUUUCCUGCAGCUUCUACACACAGAUCAGCGGCCAGCGCUGGGUAUGGAACAUCAUCCUCACUUCGUCUCUCUUCUCGGCUCCUCUGUUUCUGACGUGGAGUGUAGUGAACUCGAUCCACUGGUGGAGCGGCUCCACACAGGCUCUUCCCGCCACCACUGUGCUUCUCCUGCUGGGUGCCUGGGUACUGGUGGGCUUCCCCCUCACCGUCAUCGGUGGCAUCAUGGGAAAGAAUCGAGCUGGCAGCUUCCAGGCACCCUGCCGCACCCGCAACAUCCCUCGGCAGAUUCCCCCACAGCCCUGGUACAAACACACAGCUGUGCACAUGGCCAUCGGCGGCUUCCUGCCAUUCAGUGCCAUCUCAGUGGAGCUGUACUACAUCUUUGCCACCGUUUGGGGCAGAGAGCAUUACACCCUGUAUGGGAUCCUGCUCUGUGUUUUUGCCAUCCUCCUCUCAGUGGGUGCGUGCAUCUCUGUGGCACUCACCUACUUCUUGCUGUCAGGUGAGGACUACAGGUGGUGGUGGCGGAGCAUCCUGAGCACUGGUUCCACCGGCCUCUUCAUCUUUGUCUACUCUGUUUUCUACUACCGGAACCGGUCCUCUAUGAGUGGCUUGGUGCAGACCACAGAGUUCUUUGGCUACUCUCUGCUAACAGCACUGGUCUUCUCACUGAUGCUGGGCAGCGUGUCAUUCUGGGCCUCACUGACAUUUAUUCGCUACAUCUACCGGAGCCUAAAGAUGGACUAGAUGUGAAAUGUGCACACAAACACACACACCUCUAAACAAACACACAGACAAUCUUCCUUCUCCUCUCUUGCUCUUUCAGUCUUACACACGGACAUACACCUUCCAUGGGGUUAAUGGGAGGAGGAACAGGGGCCUUUACCAUGAUUUGACAAGAGCUGUCAUUGUUGGAAUAGGGGUUGACUGGUUGGAGGGAUAAAUGGAUGCACAAAUGAAGCGUGAGUUGUGAGAGGGUGUUCAUGUAUUUAAGGGAUAAAAUGGGAUAUUUCAGUACAAAAGAAUAAUCAGGAGUGAAUGGGUAGAAUGAAGAGUCUGCAUAAUCUAAUCAAAUCAGUUACUGUACAAUACAGUGUGGCAAGCUCCACAUGGCUCAGAGGAAUGAAAGCCUUGUAGACUGGAGAGCAGUUGUAAAAUGUUGGCGAUGAGAGCAAUAUUGUCAUUGUAUUAUUUGGUCACCAGGGACUGUGACUUUUGGUUCAGUUGUAAAUAUAGCCUUUUCAAUAAAAAGAUUUUUUUAGUACGAUAUUGCCAGCAAACUACUCUGAGCAGAUUUUUUAAAUCUGUUUUCAGUCUGUUCAUCUUCCUUUACAGUCAGCUGUGAAACACUAUCCUAAAUUAUGUAAGCUCAAAAUGCUCAAGUUCUGCCAUGUUGACAAAGUGGCAGUGAUGCUUUGAGGAUUUGCAUCUGUUUUGCCAUUUGUGCUGAGAAAAAAAAAAA